AUGAUUUACGAACUCCGUAUCUAUACCACCAUCCCGGGCCGGUUGCCGAAUCUGCUUGCUCGAUUCGAGAACCAUACGCUCAGGAUCUGGGAGAAACAUGGGAUCAGGCAAUUGGGAUUCUGGACGACGCUCGUGGGCCCCGACGCCAACGACCUGACCUAUAUGCUGGCAUGGGAAUCCCUAGCUGAGCGCGAGCAGAAGUGGAACGCCUUCUUUAGCGACCCCGAGUGGAUCCAAGCCAGGGCCGACAGCGAGAAGGACGGGGCCAUCAACGCCAAGGUGGCGAGCAGCUUUCUGGUCCCGACGAAGUUCUCGGCAAUCCAGUGA